CAUAAGCUUAGUAAAAUAUUAAAAUGAACCUUUAGGGGGCCUGGCGAUCCUUAGGAAAUAUUAUUGUCACGCGUACAAACUGAGGGAACUUUUUGUUAAAACGCUAUGAUCUCUUGUUGUGAACUUUGUAUAGACUCCAGAGGGUUAGAAGCCUCAGCCGUGUGUCCCAGCACAGUUCUCUCCUCUGCUCUGCCUUGUUCUGCCAUGGGGUUCGCGGACCUCCUUGACAACAUCGGUGGCUUGGGUCGUUUUCAGCUCAUCCAGGUGGCGUUGCUGUCCAUCCCUAGCCUCCUGAUGGCCAGCCACAAUCUCCUCCAAAACUUCUCUGCAGCUGUGCCAAAACAUCACUGCCGGCUGGCGAACCGGACCUGGCCUGCAGACAAACAGAACUUCUCCCAGUCAGGACUGGGAGAGCAGGACUACCUGUACGCUUUCAUCCCCCUGGAAAAGGAUCUGAAGCCAGCCAAGUGUCAGCGGUACAGCGAAGCACAGUGGCAGCUAGUCAGCCACAAUGGCAGCCUGGAUAACUCCACAGAGCUGGAGACGGAGCCCUGCCUGGACGGCUGGACGUACGACAGGCAGGAGUUCACCUCCACCAUUGUGUCCGAGUGGGAUCUGGUGUGCAGCCAGCGAUCGUUGAAGCCAAUGAGUCAGACUGUGUACAUGGGGGGUGUGCUGACUGGAGCCGUCGUAUUCGGGGGGCUGUCAGACAAGUUCGGCCGCCGCACUGUGCUGAUCUGGUCCUACUUCCAGCUGGCCGCUCUGGGCACCUGCACGGCCUUCUCUCCCUCCUACAUCGCCUUCUGCGCGUUCAGCUUCCUCACUGGCAUGGCUGUAUCUGGAGUCAUCCUCAAUGCAGUGUCCCUCAAGAUGGAGUGGAUCCCUACGAAGUCACGCACCAUCACGGGCACACUGUCCUCGUUUUGCUUCACGAUCGGGCAGAUGGUGCUGGCUGGCAUUGCCUACUGCAUCCGGGACUGGCGCAAGCUGCAGAUCACUGUCUCUGCGCCAUUCUUCAUCUGCUUCCUCUACAGCUGGUGGUUCCCAGAGUCGGCUCGCUGGCUCGUCCUCAACAACAAAUCCGAUGAGGCUCUGAAACAAAUAAAGAGGGUGGCCACCAUCAACGGCAGACAUGAGGAGGGAAAGAAGAUCACCCCAGAGACCUUGAAGAUCCACAUGCACAAGGAGAUCCAGUCCAGUAAAAACAUCUACACAGCUCUGGACCUGAUCCGGACUCCAGGACUGAGAAGCAUCACAAUCUGUCUCAUGGUUGUCUGGUUCUCCACCAGCUUUGCCUAUUAUGGGUUGGCUAUGGACCUGCAGAAGUUCGGUGUGAGCAUCUACCUGAUCCAAGUGAUCUUUGGGGCCGUGGAUUUCCCUGCCAAGUUCUUGUCCACUGUCUCCAUGAGCUUCGUCGGCCGCAGGGUCACCCAGGGAAUGUGUCUGCUGAUCUCUGGAGCCAUGAUCCUGUCCAACGUCUUCGUACCCAGUGAUAUGCAGAACGUGAGGACCUCACUGGCUGUAUUGGGAAAGGGCUGUCUGUCCUCGUCCUUCACCUGUAUCUACCUCUACACUGGAGAGCUCUACCCAACUGUCAUCCGGCAGACAGGGAUGGGGUUUGGCUCCACGAUGGCGCGGGUGGGUUCGAUGGCGGCUCCCGCAGUACUGAUGCUGGACGAGUUCCUGCCUGCUCUGCCCGGCAUGGUGUACGGGGCAGCGGCCAUCAUCGCAGCGGUCUUUGCCUUCUUCCUGCCCGAGACGCUGGACGUUCCCCUGCCAGACACCAUUGAAGAUGUGGAGCAGCAGGGGGGGAAGAGAAAAGGAAUUCUGGACAAGAACCUGGAGAAAGAAAUGCUGCCGCUUCAGGAAGUGAAAGAGGCGUGCGAGGUCAAAGAGCUCAAAGUGUUAGCGGUGAAGGAAGCGCUCUGAAGACGAUCUCUGACCCUCCACCCCCUCCCUCGAAAUCACAGCCCAGUUGAGACUGCGGGACAUCUCCUGAAGACUCAGCAAUCAAACAGCGUACCCAGUUAUUAAGAGUAAGAGGUUCCAAAAAAACAUGUGAAGGACUGAGGUGGAACUUGAGACAACUGGAACGAGGGGGGCCCUUGAGUCAGGACCCAUCCCUUCCUAACGCACCCCGCACCCUGACUAGGGGGGUCGAAUUUAGCAGAAACAGUCAGUGUUGUAACUUUGAAAAAAUAUUCGGUUACAGGUUACUUGAACAAAGUUGUAACUACAGCUUCACCCAAAAGGUUCGCAUCACCCUACAGAAUUAAUUAAUUUAGCUUCAUAAAAUUGAACCUGUUAAAUAAUGUUGCAUUAUCAUAUUGAAUU